UUCUAUCUUUGGGAAUUUGAAUUUAACAAAUAUACCUCAAUGAUAAAUGAACUUUUUUAUUGUGUCGAAGCAAGUAGCAGUUGAGACAAUUUUCUCCGAUUGUGAGGUACAGCAUAUACGGGACAAAAAUGAGCAUCAGCGACGAUUUAAAUAAGAACAUAUAGCUAAUUUAACUACCGAUUUUCUACCAUGAAUAAGACAAUAUUCAUCCUUUAAUUUAACUAUGAGUUUUGAAUCAUUUCAAGUCCGAUAACGUGCAGUAGUGCUUAUGAACUUUACCACUAGAGGACGCGUUCUACCUCGUCAAUUUGGUCAGCUAUAUCCGUAGCAGUCAGCUCUAUAAUUCACGUUAAAUUCUCAACUACAGAGCGAAGUAGGCAGCGUUCAGCCACAUCAGUAACUUGCUAGGGUCACACGUGCGUUCAUCCAUAGUAGGACACCAACCGGUGACUUGUGUUGUCAAGUUUUUUUAAUCAAUAAAGUAUCAACAAAAUGUCGGAGUUCAGUUCUGUGUCGUCUUUUGACGUCGGUGAUAAUAAUAAAUCAAGCGCAGCCAGCUCUGAACUCGAAGAAUUCAUCAUGGUUGAAAAGCAGAAGGCUCAAUUCAAUGCUCAGAUUCAUGAAUUCAGCGGUCUCUGUUGGGACAAGUGCAUUGACAAGCCUGGAAACAAACUGGAUGGAAGGUCUGAAACUUGCUUGGUCAACUGUGUCAAUAGAUUUAUUGAUGUCUCGCUCUUAAUUACAAAUAGAUUUACACAAAUGUUGCAAAAAAAUAUGUAGGAAUCAGCAAUGACACUAAUAUAAAAUUUUACCAUACACUUUUUGACUUUUAAAGUCAACUAGUUCAAUUACCAUCAAAAAUGGUAAAAUGUUGUGAUUUCUUUUGAUUAUUAGGAAAUUUUAAUAAUUUCCCGGAACAAAAAUACUGAAUUUGUUGUUAAAUAAUUAUUGAAAAACAUUGAAAAUUAUGAUGCAAUAACUGAUUCAACAAGGACAUAAAAAAUAUAUGUGAAUAUCUCAAUUGUUGUUGUCAGUGUAGAGUUGAAAUAAUGUAAAUGUUUCAAAUUUAGUCAAUUAAUUUCAUUAAAAUUGAUGUUUAUAAAUGAAGUGUUAUUUUUAAAUAUAAAUACUUGUACAAACAGUUUUUAUAACAUAAAAUGAAGCGUGAAGUUACAAAAAACAAAAUAAGAAUAAUACUCUAUGAUUGUUGAUAGAGCCUCUAUAAUGCUCCUGUCACAAUUUUCAUUAGCAGGUGAAACAUGUAAAGUUUAGUGACCUUUGGUCAUGAAUUAUAAAGAAAUUGUACAGAAAUAGUACAAGCUUCCCAAUAAAUCAUUUUCAAAUAGUCAAACAAGCAA